AUGACCACGGAUGUGUUAUUCGAACUGUGGGAUAGUAUGGCCAAGGACAAUCCACAAUCCGUACAAUCGCGACCUCAGUCAGAAGUGGCAAGCGCGCACUGUUCCAGUUUGCCACGAAAUUUGGGUCACGGGCUAUAUGGGUCUUUCUUGAAAACGAACAACGAGCACCACCCUAUCUCCUGUGACGUGAGUGGUGAUGCCUCUGAGCCCAUAGACAUGGUUGGACACUUCGAUCCUAUGCACGAGAAGAUGCACGCAGAUGAGCCGGGUAAGUUGCCUACUUGCAUGCCCACGCGGGUCAUUUGA